AUGGUUUCGUAUGACACUGUGCCGAUGGUCGAGGAGAAGACCAAGUACAUUGUUAAAAAGGGGCUGGGCGGAGCGAUGUGGUGGGAAGCCAGUGGUGACCGCGGGGCGAACAAGGCUACCAAGGCUGGUGGGAGCUUGAUGGCCACGUUCUACGAGGAUGCGGUUAAGAUGGGGAAGAAGUUUGACAAGUCUAUGAAUGUGUUGAGUUAUCCGGAGACCGCGAUGUACUUUUAA